AUGGGCCUCCCAACAUUCUCAGAGUCAACCACCACCACAACAACAUCCUCUCAAACCCCGCAAGAACAACAGACCAAUAACAGCACUGGCGUCGCUACAGGUGCAGGCGCAAACACUGGCGCUGGUGUGACGCGGCCAAAGACCGAAGCUGAGUUGGAGGCUGAUCGACUUUACGAGGAGGCUAUGGAGGAGGAGUAUGCUAAGCGAGAUGGAGGCUCUUAG